AUGCCUCGCGCCAUCCGAGGAGUGCUCAUCGAGUGCGACCCCUCCAUCAAGUCCAUCAUCGUCAACAUCGACGCUGCGAACCAUGAUUACAUCAUCGAGGAUCUCGACGACCAGCACGUCGUCGUCAAGGAGAACAUGGUCGCCGCGCUAAAGAGACAGCUGGACGAUAAAUUGAAGGAGACGCAACAGCCCGACGAAAGUUCAGACUCUGAUUGA